GCAGCAACUUCCACUGAAUAAAGACAAAAAAUUUAUAAUUUUGUAAAGAAAAUCCUACUAUCAAUUACCCUAAUUUCACGGGUUUAUUGGUGAUAAGUUGGUUUCCAUUUUGAGCCCUUGGAUGAUGCCCGAAAGCUGAUUCACCGCCGUCCGAUUGUGUUACCUUCUCUGUUGUUGGGCUGAAACAGAGUAUUAGUAUUUGAUUGAGGUCUAUCUGUCUGUCUGUCAUAUGUUGGGAAGAAGACAAAGAGAUUCCCAAGUGGGUUUUGCUCAGCAGCUCUUUGUUCAAACUGGGUCUAUGACUCAGCACCUGCUAUGAAGUUAAUAGCUUUCACUGUAAGGACCAACCUCUGAUCUUUGGGCCCUUACGACUUUAUUCACUGUAUUCACGCCAUACAGAUCUUCACCAUCAACCUCACUUGGCUAAAAAGAUUUGGAAUGAUGUCAAUUUCGGAGAAAUCACUGCCCUGCUCGCCUUCUUCCUCCUCCUCGUCAUUGUCAUCGAUGUCGGUCCAAGAGUUUGAUCCAUUGUUAAAAGAUUUGAACGAGAAAAAGCAGAGCUUUCGGCGGAACGUGGUGUCAUUAGCAUCGGAGUUGAAGGAGGCUCGGAACCGCUUAGCUUCUCAAGAACAAUCAUUUGUAAAAGAAACACUUACAAGACAGGAAGCACAGAUGAAGGCUAAAAACUUGGAAGAAGAGAUUGGUAGAUUGCAGAAGAGAUUGGAACAUAGAAAUGAGAAGCUUGAGGCUUCAGCAUCUACUGCUGAAAAGUACCUCAUGGAAUUGGAUGGUCUGAGAUCACAGCUUGUAACCACUCGGGCAACUGCAGAUGCUAGUGCUGCAUCAGCUCAGUCGGCACACCUUCAGUGUUCAGCACUUUUGAAGGAAUUAGAUGAAAAGAAUUGCUCAUUAAAAGAGCAAGAUGAUCGUGUAAUUAGGCUAGGAGAGCAAUUAGAUAAUCUGCAGAAGGACCUUCAGGCACGAGAGUUUUCCCAGAAGCAACUGAAAGAUGAAGUUUUGAGAAUUGAGCAUGACAUUAUGCAAGCUGUUGCAAAAGCAGGGGUGAACAAGGACUGUGAGCUGAGGAAAAUAUUAGAUGAGGUUUCGCCAAAGAAUAUUGAGAAGAUUAAUAAGCUUUUAGUUGCAAAGGAUGAAGAAAUAGCAAAAUUGAGAGAUGAAAUCAGGGUAAUGUCUGCUCAUUGGAAGCUCAAAACUAAGGAGUUUGAAUCACAGUUGGAGAAACAACGGCGAGCAGAUCAGGAACUGAAAAAGAGGGUAUUGAAAUUAGAGUUUUGUCUCCAGGAAGCUCGUUCUCAAACACGAAAGCUUCAAAGGAUGGGUGAGCGAAGAGACAAGGCUUUGAAAGAGCUCAGGGAUCAGUUACAGCGGGGUGGCGGUGGAGCUUCAGCUGCUGAAAGCCAAAAUUUCUGGGAAAGCUCUGGUUUCAAAAUCGUGGUGUCCAUGUCCAUGUUGAUCUUGGUGGUGUUCUCAAAGCGAUGAAAUAGUUGCACUAUCGAGCUGUUGAUGUAUAAAGAACAUUAAUCUUUUUAGUCAAGGAAUUAGGAAUAGUGCAUAGACCACAGUAGAAAUGCUCAUUGUAGAGGUUCUUAGUAUGUAACAUUAUCAGAGAAUGCAAUUUUGUUUUUCUUGUUAAAUCCACAUUAGUGUAUGGAAAUUGAAUCCAUGUACGGCAUUUUGGCUAUACCGUAUUUGCCAACAAUGUUGUAUUGGAUUUAUUUCUUUUUUUAUAAUUUUAUAGGAGACUUUUCUUUUUGACCUGUUAA